AUGACAAAGCCAAGGACUCGUUCGCAGCUCCUGCGCAACAGCUACUCUGCCACUUCCCUGCCCAGCAAGCUUGCUCUAAGUCAUUUAGCUGCUCCCUCACAAAAAUCACAGACACUCACGACGUCCAAGAGAGCGCGCAAACCCUGGCGCAAGCUUCUUUGGGUCCAUCAAGAGUAUCCAGAUAACUGGGUAGAUGCAUCUUUCUUGGACAAAUUGCAACGUAAUGCCAAUGUGGUUGCAUAUGAUUUCUGGCCACUAGUAGGCGACUCAACAGUAUUGACGUCGCAUCUGGCUAGCGUCAUUGUCUUUGUUUGCGCUUUUGUGGGCAUCUAUGAUGAUGCAGCGAGUCCUCUGACUGUCGUCGGUGUGAGCACAGCACUGACGGUCCUUGGCUACCUCUACUGGACGUGGCAGACUGUUCAAUCUGCCAGACCCACACAGGAAUCAACCGUACGCACGACUGAGCACACUCGACCAGAAACCAUCAAAUCAGCAGUCUUGAUUGUCUUGACAAUCCUCGGCCUCUCACCCAUCCUCAACUCGCUGACACUGUCGUCUGAUAGCGAUUCGAUCUGGACGAUUGCGCUCUACCUCUUCCUUGCGAAUAUCGCAUUUCUUGACUACUCCCUACCAAAAAGCACAUACUCGAUGGGCAAUGCUGCAACGCACAAUUUGUCGUAUUCUGGAACACUUUCAACGAAUGCCGCCAUCAUGGCAUCUGUGGUGCUUGCAUCACGCCUUCGCGAAUCAUUCUCUGUAUUUGCACUCAUCCUCUUUGCAGUUGAAUGGUUUGCCUUGUUCCCCAUCUUUCGAAGAUUCCUACGACUCACUUCCUUCCGUGCAAGUCUAGCAUUGACGGUUGUGUUGGUCCUUGGCGCAUGCGUCACGCUUGCUUGGUGCGUUUCAACGCGACUUGCGGCACUUUGGAUCUCCAUGGUCAUCUUCAUCACCUUUGGAUGCCCGCUAUGGCUCAUUUCACUGCAAAAGUACAAAAAUGAGAUUCAUGGACCCUGGGAUAUCGCCAAACCCGUCCUCAAAGACGCCAUUUUAUAAAAGAAGAAAAUCUCCUACAAGACUGGCAGGAAGUUACCAACAAUCACCAUGGGAAUAUCGAAAACAUCGCGCUUGAUGGUGAAGCAGAAUGCACACGGUACUGGUCUC